AUGCCGUUUGGGCUGAAAGGGGCACCGGCCACCUUUCAGCGCGCGCUCGACAUCAUCCUCUCAGGCGUCCGUUGGCAGAUCUGCCUCGUCUAUUUGGAUGAUGUAAUCCUCAGCGUCGCGGAGACCGCGGCCGACGCGUUCGGGACGUUCACGUUCCCGAGGACGCUGACGCAGGUGCGCUCGUGCCUCGGGGCGUGCAACGUCUACCGCCGCUUCGUCAAGGGAUUCGCGAAAAUUGCGCGUCCGCUAACGGAUAUGACGCGUAAAGAUGCCGACCACGACUUCGACCAUCCCACCGCGUUGCAACUACACGCGUUCGAGGAGCUCAAGUCGCGGAUGAUCGCCCCACCUAUACUCGCGCUUCCGCGGUAUGGACGACCGUACAUGAUAGAUACGGACGCGAGCGCGUAUCAGCUUGGCUGCACGCUGUUGCAGGAGCACGACGGGUCCAACGACUGGCGCCCCGUCGGCUACUGGUCCUACUCGCUGAACGACAGCGAGAGGAACUACAGCGCGACUGAACGCGAGUGUUUCGCCGUAGUGUGGGCCGUCCGCACACUACGGCCGUACGUAGAAGGCACCAAGUUCACCGUCCGUACGGAUCACGACGCGUUGAGGUGGCUCAUGUCCCUCGCCGAAAGUUCCGGAAGACUCACGAGUUGGCGGCUACGUCUGGCUGAAUACGACUUCACCAUUCAGUACCGCCCCGGACGCGUGCAUCAGGUUCCGGACGCGUUAUCGCGUCUCAUCUCGACGAGGGUCGCCGACGACCCUCGCCCAGUCGUCGAGGUGGGUGACGACAUUCCCACUUUCGACGUGGGCACUACAGUAUGUGACGUUUCGGACGAGCUCGUAGACCACUUCUGCACCGCGAAGUGUGACCACAAGACCGUCCAGGUGCUCGUCACCACGCGGAAGCAAACCGAGACGCAAAGAAGAACGCGUGCUCGAGCACGCGACGAGCGGAGGGGCGACGACGAAGCCCCGCCUCUAGAAGGACACCACACGUUGUGGGAGGAGACCCAAGAAUUUGACGCGACCGAUAUCGAACGCGUAGAAGGCACCGAAGCCGACGCGUCUGACUCCCAGGUCGCCCCACCGCAGGACGACCUGCCGGCCCCUCUUACGAUAGAGGAGAUAGCCGAGGAGCAACGCGUUGACGACUUCUGCCAAACGGUAUUGGCAAGACAGUCUGAGUCCAAGGACUCCGCGUUCUUCGAGGACCACCAAGGGGUGCUGAAGCGCAGACACCCCUUCGACCCUGACAUCGUACAGGUGGUGGUGCCUCGGACCUUACGCGCUCGCUUGCUGCGGCUCUGCCACAACCCGGCCAUCGCGGGACACCCGGGGCAGAACCGCAUGUACCACGCGCUCCGUGGCGAAUAUUAUUGGCCACACUUGGCUGCGGACGUCGCCUCUACCGUGCGAGGGUGCCGGACCUGCGCGAUGAAUCGCCUAUUAUCGGACAACGGUCCGCAAUUUAACGCGAAGUUCUUCCAGAGUGUGUGCCGCGUCCUGAGGAUAACGAACAUAUACACCUCCGCGUACCAUCCCCAGACAAACGGGGAGGUUGAACGUUACAACCGCACGAUCGCGUCGAUGCUUCGUAACUACGUGAACGAACAUCAGGAUGACUGGUACGUGUACGUGGGACCGUUGACUUACGCGUACAAAUCCCACGGACACCGAACCACGCGUACGACACCUUUCGAGCUCGAGCUUAGCAGACCCCCUCCGGAGUUCUCUCUCCGCAGAGCCGACGGGGACGCACCCCCGCCGGAUAGGGGAACGCAGCGGGCAGAGUUCCUCAAGACACUCGACGCGACAAUACAGAAGGCCUACGGAAGCCUGCGUCGAACGCAGGCCCGUUACAAACGCGACCUCGAUAAACGCGUUCAGAGGAUCAACGCGCGCCUCAAGCCCGGCGAUUACGCGUAUCUCAACCCCACCGACGGGGCAAAGACGUCGAAUAAGCUCGCGUCACCGGCCGUUGGAGCAUACAGCAUCUUGGCCAACGACCGACGCACGAUCACAAUCGAUCGUGAUGGGGUGACCGAGCGCGUCUCCGCAGACCGCUGCGUGUAUGCGCCUCCCCCUACAAGCGCGCCACGCCCAAGUACUACCACCCCGGGUGACCUUGCAAACAAGGUCACCGAGGGCACACAGUACGCCGUCGAACGGCUGCUAAAACAUCGCGUGAUGGGAGACGGAACGACCGAGUUCCUCAUCAAGUGGGCGGACUACGAUACGCCCGCCUGGACCGCGAGAACUCACGUGCCGGAGGAGUUAGUGUCGCGCUACGCUAAACGAAUCCGGACGCGUACAGGGAGGGACCUCUCCUCGGAAGUCAACGCGGACGUUCACUCUUGA